UGCACACGUCGGACGAUUUAGCUUUUAAUGCUGGAUUUAGGUCAUGCUAACGCUAACGCUAAUUUUGAAUUCUCUUUAGAGCAGUUGGCGACAAUUAUUUGUGGCGUACAGUAAUUAUGCAAUAUCGGAUCCAAUAUGACGCUAAAACACAUGCGACAUUUGCGUAACAGUCAUUCGUCCAUUUGGAGCUGACGGUUAAACCUCGCCGCCCAAGAGAACCACUUUCCGCUACAUUUUAUCGCUAUGCUCGAUGUUUUGAGACAAGAACGUUAUUUUACAGUGGAAAAUAACGCCUCUCUCCACUCGGCUUUCAAGGUCUCGACUCCACAGAGGACAUUUUUGGACACAGCGGCCUGCGCGUCUUGUCAAGGCUUUUGCCUCCCUUCAUCGGCUCUUUCCAACCCUAGCAUCUUAAAAAAAAAAAAAAAAAAAAAAGAGAGAAAAAAAAAGCGAGAGGGCCCCCUCCUCCUUCAUCAUCCUCAUCCUCGUCACACAGCACCCGAGAAGCCUGCUGCAAUCGAUACAAGAACAGCGGCAGCCAUCGACACUGUUCACUGCGCCUCUUGGGACGAUCAGCGUUGUGUUUAUGUCUUUAUUUUGCGAAAACGAGCUGUUGCGCAGCCGUUGGAACCUGUGUGGUGGAAACUUAGCCUUCAAGCGGGGAGCUUGCGGCCACGGCGGCACGGCGUUUUUCAUUAGCGCCGUCCAGCCAACAUGUCUGUCAAUGUCAACCGCAGCGUGUCGGACCAGUUCUACCGCUACAAGAUGCCCCGUCUGAUCGCCAAGGUGGAAGGGAAAGGGAAUGGAAUCAAGACUGUCAUUGUCAACAUGGUCGAUGUUGCAAAGGCGCUGAACAGGCCUCCAACAUACCCGACCAAGUUUUUUGGCUGUGAACUCGGCGCUCAAACCCAGUUCGAUACCAAAAAUGACCGUUACAUUGUCAACGGCUCGCACGAGGCCAACAAGCUGCAGGACAUGCUGGAUGGGUUCAUCAGGAAAUUUGUGCUGUGCGCCGAGUGCGACAACCCAGAAACCGACCUGAACGUGAAUCCCAAGAAGCAAACCAUCGGCACGUCCUGCAAGGCCUGCGGCUACCGUGGCAUGCUCGAUACCAAGCACAAACUCUGCACCUUCAUCCUCAAAAACCCGCCAGAGGCCAGCGACAGCGGAUCCACCACCGCCAAGAAGGAGAAAGAGAAGAAGAACCGCAAGAAGGACAAGGAGAACGGCUCAGGAAGCGGAGAGGCCGGAAACCAGGAGAACAUUGACGCUCCUGACGCUGUGGACGGAGACGACGACGACGACGACUGGGGGGAGGAGACCACCAAGGAGGCUCAGAGGAGGCGAAUGGAGGAGAUCAGCGACCACGCCAAGAACCUGACGCUCAGCGAGGAUCUGGAGAAACCUCUGGAGGAGAGAGUCAACCUCUUCUACAACUUUGUCAAACAACGGAAGGAGAACGGCACGGUGGACUCGGCCGACAAGGAGAUCCUGGCCGAGGCCGAGCGUCUGGACGUGAAGGCCAUGGGCCCGCUCAUCCUCAGCGAGCUGCUCUUUGACGAGAAUAUCCGCGAGCAGCUCAAGAAAUACAAGCGUCACUUCCUGCGGUUCUGCCACAACAACAAGAAGGCUCAGAAGUACCUACUGGGCGGCUUUGAGUGCUUGGUCAAGCUGCACCAAGUCCAGCUGUUGCAGAGAGUUCCCAUCAUCCUCAAGGACUUUUACGACGCUGACCUCCUAGAGGAGGACGUUAUCUUUGCCUGGGCCGAGAAGGUUUCCAAAAAGUAUGUCUCCAAGGAGCUGGCCAAAGAGAUCCGCGCUAAGGCGGCGCCCUUCAUCAAGUGGCUGAAGGAGGCCGAGGAGGAGAGCGAGGGCAGCGAUGAAGACGACGAGGAAGAUGAUGAGAAUGUUGAGGUGGUUUAUUCCUCUUCGGCACGUGAGCUCAAAGUGGAGACUGUGAAAGUGGAUAAGCCGGAGAAGGAGGACGAAGACAUCGAUAUUGAUGCCAUCUAAGACGCACGGACAAUAUUGAUGACAUGAUUCUUGUUUUUUUUGUGGCUUUGACUCACGAUUUUGAAAUGGCUGAACCCCUUAGCUCUGGCCACCCUGUAACCAGCUGACUCCUCCCUCCCCCUUCGCUUUGAGGCAUGUUCUCUUAACCUUGCGCGCUAAGCUAACUGGCUGCACAUCCACUCUUCUGUCACGUUGAUGUGCAUACAAGCCCUAAAAUAAGACAAGAGUUGUUACGAUGCUCGUUUCUGGGAGGGAUUUUAAUCAUGCCUGUUUUUCGAGGGUCAUUGCAGUGCACUUUUUUUGGUCCCUCAUACUUUUCCAGUCAAUAAAGAAGUGAAUGUUUUGCUAUCCACAA